AUGCUGCCGCGGCUGGCCUGCCGCCUCGAGGCGUCCCCGCGCCUCGGCGCAAGCGCCGCCGCGCGCGCCGCCGGCGUGCCCGAGCUGCCGACCCUGGUGUCGCUGAGAAGAUGGACGUGGCGGAGGCGGCCGCCAGCGAGCUCGACGACGCCUGGGCGGACGAGCUGCCCGUGGCGCGCCCGCAGCCGCUGGCUGCUGGGCCUUCCGCAGGCGGCGCCCGCCCUGCAUGCGCUCUCCCGCCCCGUGAGUCGCCUGGAGCGGGGUUCGGCGGCGAGGGAGGAAGCGCCGCGCCGACGGGGACAAGGUUCGAUGCUCGCGAUGGCGGCCCUCGGGAGGCCUGGCAGCCCUCAGGACGCGGACGGCGGCGCUGUCCCUGCGCCUGGCUUCGCCGCCUGGGAACCGCCCCCCUCCCCAUGGAGGCGGCGUCGGCAGCCUGCGACCACGACGAGGACGCGCUGA